AUGGCUCAGAACUGUGGUCAAAGACUUGCUCCUCACGACCAAGUCCUGGCAUCAUACUUGGCACAGCUCGACCUAGGGGAUGACCACGCUCAAAGUGCCCCUGCCGCUGCUGCCGCUGCCACAGCUGCUGUGCGUGGCAGCAGUGGGGGCAGUAGCGGCAGCAGCAGUAGAGGCGGUCUCGGUCGUGGCGGGACUGUUCCUUCCCCUGCUGCCGGCUUUGACCAGCUAGUCUGUAUCGACCCGGAACCUACCAACACUAGCGCAAUAGCCAGUACAAGCCAUGCCAAAGGCUUCGAAGCCAUGCGUAUGGUUGCCGAACAACGAGGCCAAAGCACGCAUGCACCUCACGAACAAGUAAUCUCGCGAUUUGCAAGAGAAUUCUACAACCUGCCGUCGAAUUAUGCCGGCGACCCGUUGAACCUUCGCAACCAAAGCGCACCAGUCAAAGACUACGAGAAUACUGCGCUAUUCAUCACUGGGCUUCCGGCCAAUUGCGAUCAUACUCUGCUGCUUAAAGCUGUUGCUGGCUGUGCUCCAGUGGGCAAAGUAUAUGCCGCGGUCAUUAACGCUCCAAAGCCGAUUGAAGGCCGGCUUCUUACCGCAGCUAAGUUGGUGUUUUUCGACUGCGCUGGCGCCGAGAAUUGCUUCAGGGCCAUCAAGCAGAGAAGGCUCAUUGUCGGAGGACACCGUCCCAGAGUUGUCUGGAACCGGAUCAAGUCGGCCGCACAGCCCAACACCAGCAGGUCCCGAGUCAUCCUAAUUCGAGGCCCAUCUGAGCUGGUCAGGCGCGAUGUGCUGGAUCGCUGGUUCUCCAAGAAAUUCAGCUACCAGACUGAGGAAGUUCUAGAACGCCGAGUACCACAAGCCGGAGUCACAGUGCUUGAAUGGCGGUUCGGAAGCUUCCGAGCCCAAGCGGAGGCCGCCACAAUGUACAUGAGUGAGAACGAGCUCGAGGGCACGAAGCUAGAAUGGCGUUGGGAAGUAGACCCCUGUGCUCGAUCUCAACUCCAAGCUCAGGUGUAA